AGUCUUUAAAUGUCUUCCUGCUUUUUAGAGCUAAUUAUUUACAUAGUAAAGAAUUUUAACAAGUGGGUUAACUAUAAGUGGUACUUGAGAUGGUUGGAACUGUUAUGACACCAGUUAUUUCAAUGAAACUGUCCCACAAAUAAAAAAUAUCGAAGCCCUCCCAUCUCGUCAGCUCUGGAGGAAAUGAGAGAAGGGUGUUGGUGAAGUUUCUGUUCCCUUUUUCGGUGGUUACGGCGGUGAUGCCUGUUGGAGACCACCGAGGCAAACUGGAGUCGAAUUAUAAAACGUUAGUGACUCGACCCAGUCCUCCGCUUUUUUAUUGAAUUAAACAUGGCGGACGAAACGGACACGAUUGGAUGCUGAGGAAUCUGUAAAGCGGACGACAGGAAAUGAGGCUUUUCGAUCUGUCUCGCUUAAGAAAAUUAGCAUUUCUUUUGUUCGUCAUCAUUUUGAUCACUAAAUAUGCUGCCUUACCGAUAUUUAGAGCUCUCAGGAGCAAUAAGUGCCAUUCUGUCAAAAGCAUUUUGUUUUUGAAAACACACAAGACAGGAGGAAGCUCCGUAGCAAACAUUUUAUUCAGAUUUGCUAGAGGAAAGGAUUUAAGAGUGGCCUUACCAAGGAGUCAAAUUUUCUCUUUUUAUUGGCCCUGGAGUUUUCAAGUGAAUUUUGUUGACAAUUUACCAAGUGAGAAGCCAGAUAUCUUGUGUAGUCAUGCAAGAUACAACCAAACCUCCAUGAGGCUAUUGAUGCCCCCUGACACAAAGUUCUUUACUAUCCUCCGACAUCCCAUUUCAAGAUUUGAAUCAGCAUUUCUUUUUGAAGAUAUCCCAGCCUUGCUUGGUAUCUCUAGCUCUUCAAAUCCUUUCUAUCAAAUUUUACACAGACUUGAUAGAUACAAGUCCAAUGUAAACACUAUGUACACCCUAAGAAAUGGCAUGAGUUUUGAUCUUGGACUUGAACCUGAGGACUUUGAAAACACUCAAGUUAUUAGAAACUUCAUCUCCUCAGUUGAGAGAGAUUUUGAUCUGGUGUUACUUCUAGAAUAUUUUGAUGAGUCUUUGGUAUUACUGAAGCACCACUUUUGUUGGAGUUUAGAGGAUGUGUUAUAUCUGAGACACAAUGCAAGGGUACGUUCCUUCAAGAAACACCACAUACCCAAGCAGUUUAGAGAUAGAUUUUUGCAAUGGAACAAAGCUGAUGUCUUUCUUUACCAACACUUUAAUAGAACAUUUUGGAAAAAAGUUGACUCUCAAGGUGAAAACUUCUGGCAUGAAGUACACCUCUUGAGAAAGAGGUCUUUGGAGAUGAAAGAAGAAUGCCUUGUCCCUGGGGAGCACAGAGAUAAAAAGUCACAAACAGUUUCAAAAUUAGUGCUAAAUCCAAACAUUGGCAAAAGAAACCAAGAGCUUUGUGAAGAUCUGAUAAAAGAUGAAGAAUCAUAUCUGAAUUUCUUCAGGGGUAAACAAUUACAGAGGUAAUGAAAAUUAUAUUUAUCUGAGAUCUAAUAUAUAUCUGAAUUUUGUACACAUUUCAAGAGGUUGAACAUGCAUUGAUGCUGUGAAUUUAUCAAUUAAUGAGGCAAAUAAAGUAUUCAGAGUUUUUCUAAAA